AGAGCUAAAGCAGAAUGUCGAUGGCACAGGAAAAAUUUGUUGCAUUGCGCAAAAGACUCGACCAGUUAGGUUAUAGGCAGCCUCUUGGGAUUGAAUCCCUCCCUCUCGUGGAGAGACUAUUUGCUGAUCUAAUACACACAACAGAGAGCCUCAAACGUGCAAAGCUAGAAACAGUACGUCCUAAGGAAACAAAGGAUUUCAGUGCAGCAGUAGACCCAUAUAAAAGUGACAAUGCUAAACUAGUCAAAGAAAAUAAUCAACUCCAUGUUCAGCUGAUCAAGAAAACUGAGGAGUCUGAUGCUACAAUAAGAGGUAAGAA